GAGGGGAUGGCGAGCCGUGCUCUUCCUGAAGAAUAGACUGUAGCACCGUGGCCGUUGUGCAAAGGCAGUCAGAUGUGUCAUCCAGCCAGGGGGAGUGGUGUUUCACAUCGCAGCAGGCGCUUGGAUGCUUGGAGCUCGCUUGAAGGAUGCUGGUGAUUGAUGCGAGCCGACCAAAACACUGGCCGAUUGAGAAAUAAGCCGGCGCCCAGCAGCACUUCCAGCCCCGCUGGUACUAGACGGCGAUCUCUCUCUCUCUCUCUCUCAAUCUACAGAAAACGUGGAAAAAAUGUAAAAAUAUGCAACUUGACCUGCGCGACCAAGUGGAAUACAGUGUCUCUAUUUUAGAAUUAAUGCCAGCAAGGACCCGCAUUGCUGCUGCUUUGGGAUUCAUUAAAAGUACUGGAAAUAUCUACAUAUAUAUGUCUCCCUUCGGCGUCUGCUUCACGUAAUCCGGUACACAUGGCGUGGAUUCUCAAACGUGCUCGUUGUCUUGUAGACUGGUAUCUCCUCAUGUUUUGAUAACACUCUUCUUGCUGGAACUCUACAAGGAGAUAUUUUUAUAAGUUUAAAAGCCAACUCCCUGGGGCACUGUUGAAAGAGACAAUAUUUUCAUUUGUAGAUUGGACGGCGUACGGGCUAAGCACUAGAUGUCGUUCCCACGAGCAAUGAUUCCCGUCACUGAGUUUAAACAAUUCACUGACCAUCAGCCUGCAUUUCGAGUACUGAAGCCAUGGUGGGAUGUAUUCACCGAUUAUAUAGCUAUCGCCAUGCUGAUGAUUGGGGUGUUUGGAUGCACUUUGCAGGUAAUGCAAGACAAGAUCAUUUGCCUUCCGAAACGGACUUCACCCGAUAACCUGCGCACUGAUCCGAAUGAAACUCUGGUCAACGUUUCUGCCAAUAGUUACGUGCCUCCCACCCCAGUGCCGUCACCCCCUGCUGCUUCUGCCGACGAGAUGAAAGGGCUGAAGACCAACCUGGACCUCCAGCAGUACAGCUUUAUAAACCAAAUGUGCUACGAGCGGGCGUUGCACUGGUACGCCAAGUACUUCCCGUACCUGGUGCUGAUCCACACGCUGAUCUUCAUGCUGUGCAGCAACUUCUGGUUCAAGUUCCCCGGCUCCAGCUCCAAGAUCGAGCACUUCAUCUCCAUCCUGGGCAAGUGCUUCGACUCGCCCUGGACCACCCGCGCCCUGUCCGAGGUGUCCGGGGAGAACGCCGAGGAGAAGGGGGGCAAGGCCGGCGAGAAGAGCCACGCGGCCAAGGUUGCGCUGGCCACGACGCUGGCCACGGUGCUGCCGCCCGUGCCGCCGCUGCUGCCGGCGCCGCACCUCUCGGCCGCCGAGGGCGACCUGGUGAAGACCCAGUCCUUGCGUUCCAUCCCCGAGAAGAUCGUGGUGGAGAAGCCGGUGGUCAGCGCCCUGGAUCAGAAGGAGGGCGAGCAGGCCAAGGCCCUGUUCGAGAAGGUGAAGAAGUUCCGUCUCCACGUGGAGGAGGGAGACCUCCUGUACUCCAUGUACGUGCGGCAGACCAUCAUCAAGGUCAUCAAGUUCGUCUUCAUCGUGGUCUACAACAGCAUCCUGGUGUCCAAGGUCAACUUCAUGGUGGAAUGCGAGGUCAACAUCCAGGAGAUGACUGGCUACUACAAGUUUUCUUGCAACCACACCAUGGCCCACCUCUUCUCCAAGUUGUCCAUCUGCUACCUGUGCUUUGUCAGUGUGUACGGCCUGACCUGCCUCUACACCCUGUACUGGCUCUUCUACCGCUCCCUCAAGGAGUACUCCUUCGAGCACGUCCGGCACGAGACCGGGAUCGACGACAUUCCCGACGUGCGCAACGACUUUGCCUUCAUGCUGCACCUGAUCGACCAGUACGACCCCCUCUACUCCAAACGCUUUGCCGUCUUCCUGUCGGAGGUGAGCGAGAACAAGCUCAAGCAGCUCAACCUGAACAACGAGUGGACGGUGGACAAGCUGCGGCAGAAGCUGCAAACCAACGGGCAGGGCCGGCUGGAGCUGCAGCUCUUCAUGCUCUCCGGCCUGCCCGACACCGUCUUCGAGCUGACCGAGCUGCAGUCCCUGCGGCUGGAGAUCCUCGGCAACGUCACCAUCCCCGCCACCGUGGCCCAGCUGGAGGGCCUGCGGGAGCUCUCCCUCUACCAGUGCUCGGCCAAGAUCCACACCGCCGCCCUGGCCUUCCUCAAGGACAACCUCCAGGUGCUGCGGGUCAAGUUCGACGACACCUGGGAGCUGCCCACCUGGAUGUACGGCCUGAAGAGCUUGGAGGAGCUCCACCUCCAGGGCUCGCUCAGCCCGGACCUGUCCAAGAACGUCACCCUGGAGUCCCUGAGGGAGCUGAAGAACCUCAAGGUCCUCGGCAUCAAGAGCAACCUGACCAAGAUCCCGCCCGCCAUCGCGGAGACUUCCGGCCACCUCCAGACUCUGUGCAUCCACAACGACGGCACGAAGCUGGUGAUGCUCAACAGCCUGAAGAAGCUGGUCAACCUGACGGAGCUGGCGCUGAUCCACUGCGACCUGGAGCGCAUUCCCCACGCCGUCUUCAGCCUGGCCAACCUGCAAGAGCUGGACCUGAAGGAGAACCACCUGAGGUCGGUGGAGGAGAUCAUCAGCUUCCAGCACUGCCGCAAGCUCACCUGCCUGAAGAUGUGGCACAACAGCAUCGCCUACAUCCCCGAGCACAUCAAGAAGCUCGGCGGCCUGGAGUGCCUCUACUUCUGCCACAACAAGAUCGAGGUCCUGCCCUCCCACCUCUUCCUGUGCAACAAGCUGAGGCACCUGGACCUGGGCCACAACGACAUCCGCUUCAUCCCGCCCGAGAUCGGCGUGCUGCAGAACCUCCAGGACUUCUGCAUCACGGGCAACAAGGUGGAGAGCCUGCCGGACGAGCUGUACUUCUGCAAGAAGCUGAAGGCCCUGAGGAUGGGGCGCAACAGCCUCUCCGUCCUCUCGCCCAAGGUGGGCAACCUGGCUCUGCUCAGCCUGCUGGAGCUGAGGGGCAAUCACUUGGAGGUCCUGCCCCGGGAGCUGGGAAACUGCCGCUCGCUCAAGAGAAGCGGCCUGUUGGUGGAGGAUGCCCUCUUUGAUGGGCUACCCUCUGAUGUGAGAGAACAGAUGAAGGCAGAGUAGGGCCCUGCCCGAGAGCGAUGCAUAACC